GACAACACUGAUGUCAGUCGCCAUUAUCGAUUUGUGGCAGAGGAAAAAUAGAGACUUAAAAAAUCGAGUAACAGCGUUAGGCACCGGUUAGAGAGCGCAUCAAACGCGGCGUUAAAUUGUGAGGAGCUUGUGAAGUUAAUACCACCAUCCGUUAUCCGUUUGAUUUGUCGUGGCAGGGCUCGAAUAAAAGUAUUUUUCCCUUAGAAAUUCUCAAUCAAUCAAUACCAGCUCUCUGGCUCGCUCUGUCCGUUUUACGUGUGUGUGUGUGCGUCGUGUCUCUCUUUCUCUUUGGGUGCGUGCGUGUGCGUGUGUGUCUCUGUUUCUGUGUGGCUGUGUGAGAGUUUCUGUGGUCCGUUCCUUGGGUGCAUAAUUAAAUUAAUCAAGUCAAGUAAAUAAAAGCCAACGGGAGCAGGAAGAAGAACAAAAACAACAGCUUCAUCAUGACUAUGGCAGGGCAAACGAUCAACGACAGGCUGCUGGCCGCCCGUCACAGCCUUGCUGGCCAAGGACUCGCCAAGUCCGUCUGCAAGGCCACCACCGAGGAAUGCAUAGGCCCGAAGAAGAAGCAUUUGGACUAUCUGGUUCACUGCACCAACGAGCCGAAUGUGUCGAUACCUCAUCUGGCCAACUUACUUAUCGAGCGUUCCCAGAACGCCAAUUGGGUGGUGGUUUACAAGUCGCUGAUAACCACACAUCAUCUGAUGGCAUAUGGCAAUGAGCGCUUUAUGCAAUAUCUGGCGUCAAGCAAUUCUACAUUCAAUCUCAGCUCCUUUCUCGACAAAGGAACUGUGCAAGAUGGUGGCAUGGGCGUUCCAGGUGGCAGAAUGGGUUACGAUAUGUCGCCCUUUAUACGCCGCUAUGCCAAGUAUUUGAAUGAGAAGUCGCUCUCCUAUCGGGCCAUGGCCUUUGACUUUUGCAAAGUCAAGCGAGGCAAAGAGGAGGGCUCAUUGCGCAGCAUGAAUGCGGACAAACUUCUGAAGACUUUGCCAGUUUUGCAGGCACAAUUGGAUGCACUUUUGGAGUUUGAUUGCCAGUCCAACGAUUUGUCCAAUGGCGUCAUAAAUAUGAGCUUUAUGCUCUUAUUCCGCGAUCUCAUACGUCUGUUUGCUUGCUACAACGAUGGCAUCAUCAAUUUGCUGGAGAAGUACUUUGACAUGAACAAGAAGCAUGCACGCGAUGCAUUGGAUCUCUACAAGAAGUUUUUGGUUCGGAUGGAUCGUGUUGGCGAAUUCCUCAAGGUGGCUGAGAACGUGGGCAUUGAUAAGGGAGACAUUCCCGAUUUGACCAAGGCUCCUAGCUCAUUGCUGGAUGCUCUGGAGCAGCACCUGGCCACGCUGGAGGGCCGAAAAGUAUCGGCGGCCAAUACACCCACACAGUCGUCUAGCAAUCAGCGUAACUUUAAAUCCGCUGUCUCUGCACUCUCUUCUACCAGCUCGGCCUUCGGAACUGCUGCCGCUUCCAGCAAAUUCGAUACCAGCAAUGGCAUCGACGAGCAGCUCAAGGCCCAGGUCUUGGCCGAGGAGGAGGCUGCCAUGAAUCAGUACAAGUCCAAGGUAUCGUCGCCCACCAGUAGCGGAGCUGCUGGCGCUGCACUAACAAAUCCAUUCCUAUCGUCACCGCCAGCCGCCCAGGCUGGCCAGCCGAUAGUUGAUCUGUUUGGUGCCGCGUCGGCGCAGCCCGCUGCUGCUGCAGCAGCCCCUCCGGGCCAGGCCACCAAGGCUUCCGACGAUCUGCUGCAGUUGGGCAAUCCGUUCGCCGAUAUGUUCGAAGCCAGCGGAGCUCCGGGAGCAACAGGUGCUGCACUCAAUGCCAAUAAUUUGUGGAUGCAUAAUAAUGGUUUCAAUGGCGCUUCAGUUUCCUCCGCUGCUGCUACAAAUGCAUUCGUUUCCGAUAGUAAUUUCUCAUCCGUUUUCGGUAAUACGGAACCGACAGCGUCGAUGUCGUUGCCAAAUCCAUUUUUUGAUGAAAUGUCCCAAGCCCCAGUCGCUGUUGCACCUGUUGCUGCGCCCCCCUUUGCCAACAAUAUCAAUUUCAUGGAUCAGCAGUUGCAGCAACAACAGCAAUCGGUGUUAUAUAUGCAACAUCAACAGCAACAGCAACAACUUCAGCAGCAGCAGCAGCAACAGCAACUGCAACAGCACCGCCAGCAACUGCAACAACAGACUUCCUUGUCAGCAACGACGGCAGCAUCUAACUUUCCACCAGGCUUCGAUGCUUUGGGUGAUGUUCUCAAGCCGGCUUCCGCCAGCAGCAGCAACAACAGCAAUCAAAUGAACGUUGUCGCCACAGGUUACACCGGCAAUAGCAGCUCGAUCCUCGCGUUACAACAGCAGCAGCACCACCAUCAGCAACACCACAACCUGCAGCAGCAGCAGCAACUGCAACAGCAGCAGCAACAGCAACAGGCACCGGCCAGCACUGGAAAGAUAAUUACCGGCGACUUGGAUAGCUCACUAAUGUCCCUAGUUGAUAACUUAAAUAUAAAUAAAACGGCAAGUGCAAAACCCGUGCAAUGGAAUUCACCUAAAAAUACAGCGAAACCAGGUGCUAAUUGGACACCCCAACCAAUGGCGGCUACAACUGGUGCUGGCUAUCGUCCAAUGGCACAUGGCAUGACCGUAAGUCCUGCGCCAAUCACAAUCAAUCAUCCGUAUAUACAUGCUAGUUAUCCUGUAAUGCCAAAUUAUAUGCAGGGAAUGCCGGUGAUGGGGCAGCCAACUAUGAUGGGGCAGGCAGCAGCCCCUUUGACUGGGGUGCCACCGACGAUGAUGGCGGCGCCGCACAGUAAUGCGUCAACGACAGCGACGGGCAUCAUGCAACCCAUCCAGCCCACGCAGAACGGGGGCAAUAAAAACGUCCCGCUCGAUCCAUUUGGUGCGUUAUAAGCGGCCCGCUCGGAGCUGAUACGUACAAUUACAACUCAAGAGUUACAUGCGACACCACACACACCACCCACUCACUCACCUUUACACACACUAUGCGCUCUAACCUCAUAGACCACAUACACACGCAGCAAAAAAAAAAAGAAAAAACUAUAAUAUAUGAAUACUUAUAUAUUUGCAAACGAAACAAAAAAUUAACUUGAAAAAUGCAUUAUAAGAGAUGUUUACAGAAACUACGCUACAGAAACAAUAUAUUAAAGUUUAUGGAAAUAGCAGCAGAAAAAAGCAAGAAACACAAAUGAAUCAGAUAAGAAAUUAUAUUAUAAUGUUGAACAUUGAGUAAACGCAAAAACAAAUGCUAUAUACAUACAUAUAUAUACAUAUAUAUAUAUAUUUAUAUUAUUACUAUUUAAAUGAAAACAAAUAAGUUUGACUAUUUAUAUGUAUACACCAAUUUAUAUACUAUGCUAAAACGAAUGAUGAGAAAGCGUGAAGCGAAAAGCAAAACGAAACAAUUUCCAUGAAUAGCUAAAGGAAAGUAGAAUAUGUGAAAUAUACCUAUGAACUCUAAGAUAAGUCUAAACAAAAACCUGUAGUUGUGUCCUACGCCAAUCACUAAACACACGUUGAAUUACCUAGUGGAAGUAUGUUAGCUGUCUCAAAAGCCGAACAGAGUAUCGGAAAUGAGAUUGGAUCCUCCUUUUAGAAGGAGCGACAGUUUUAAACUCAGUCCAUGUGUGUGCACAGCUUACCGUAAUUAUUUGCAAUAUUUUAAAUCCGUCUAUGAAACAAAAAUUCAUGUUUUUCUGUUAUCUGUGUAUUUUUUAAACUGUUAUUAAACAAAUUAUUAUUUGUUGAAUGGAAAAUUAUUUGUAAAUGCAUUCCAAACUAGGUCCAAUUUUGUCCAAAUUUAAUUUGUGAAAGGAAUACAGUUGUAAUUAUUAAGUAUUAUUUAAAAAUUGUUUCAGGAUACGCUAAAUUAAUAUGAAUUGAAUGGAUGAUUUGUUUAAAUGCUAGGUUACCACAAUGUUUAUUUAACAUGUGUUAAACUUUAGAGCGUAUGUUGUAUUUAGCCAUUUAUGUAAAUGCUUCUCAGCAUUCGAAACGAUUCGAAACUGACCCAUAAAAUACGUAGUUCAUUUCUAGAUUGUGUAUAUAAAGCAUAUAUAAAGUGUUUGCAGCACGACGCUGAACUAUGAUUAAAAAAAAUUUAUAUAAAUUA